AUGAGUUGGGUUCGCUCUGUACGCUCCACUACUUCCUGUCCUUUCCUGGCUUUGUUCGUGGUUCUUAGUCUCCUGGGCCUGGACGUCCGUUCCAAUGGAAGAAGCACUGACGUUCUUGCGUUAACGAUUGAGAACGCCCCGUCAGCGCCAACUGCGCUUCGGGAUGUUGCAGCUCCGCAACCGGCCACGUCACAGGCGUCUCAGCAUUCUGCGCAGAAAAACAUAAAGGACGACCCGGAGUCAGUUCUCAACAAUGGAAAAUCCUUCUACGACUUUUUCCAUCAAGGCCAAGCGGAUGAGGCUCUGAAAUGUGUAAGACUCUUGGAUGCAAAGAAGCGGCGGGAGGCGGCCCGACGCUUCUGCCGCGGAUUUGGCAGAAACCAGAUACUUAGGAGUUCCUGUGAGCAUCAAUCCGACACCCUGCUGCAGGACGUUGACGCUGCCGCCGAAGGCCUAGGCUCCCAGCCUUUUCCAGAGCUGUUCGAGAAGAUGAACGGCAGCCUUGAGCACCCCUACUUUCCGGCACGCACGCCCGAGCCCGAUCUUCAGGCUGUCACGGAGUUCAUUAGGUCAACAACAAAGGACACCUGGACUGAGCCGUACCACGAGUUGCUUAGUCUCCCAACCAACAGCUGCUCCUUCGCCCAAGGCGCGCGGCUGUUGAUGGCAGAGUCGACACGCAUGAAGGCAAAGGCGAAGAGUCCCGUAGAGACUGAGGCUGUUCAGCUUGUGGCAGCGCGGCGAACGCUGUACAGCACAGUUUGGGUUCCCGUCGCGAGCAGCUUAACUCUCGGGAUUUGGUCCGAAAUUGUUGACUUCUCCCGCUGCCGCAGACUUUCUGGAGUCGCUCCGCCUAGCAAAAUGUCGGCUAAAGAAAUUGUUUAUCGGGUUUUUGGGUUUGCUCUCGCACGCACAUACAUACCGCGAAGCGUGCAGUGCCAGCGUCAGUCGACCGAGCCGUUGUGCAGAAUGCUCAUUGGCUAUCUGGCCGUCUCCCGCGCAAUAAUCGAACUCGGACGCGUGCUGGGUACGCCGCAAGAACAGAAACUCAUGAAUGCCUUUGCUGAAACAACUGUCAAAAUCCGGGACAGCCUCACCGAUGAGGAGAUCUCAGCUACCCAAAUGCAGGUUGAGGCGACGAUCGUCGAAGUUACCUUAAUAGCGCUUUCUGGUACGCAGAAGCUGGUUAAACUGGUGCUCGCAAUGGCAAAAUCGAAAACCAUGGCGAAAUUUAUCUCCCUGCUCGUUAGCAAGUUGAAGAAGUGGUUAUAUUCCUUUGAAAAAGAAAGUAUUGAGUCUGCGGCUUCGCACAGAGAGAUUUUACCUAUGUUGCUCGCACUCGAAAAUGCCAAUUCAACUUGGCUUGGCGGAACCGGCCGCUGCGUGAGGGCGAACAAAGGCCUGGAAAAUCUGAUGGUUUCUCUCGCAAGGAGACUCGCAAAGGACUUGAAACCCAAGCGAGCGUCCAGCUUUCUGGAGGUGCAUGAGGCACAACUGUCAACUGGCAAGGAGCUGGCAGCUGUCCAUACGACUCGUCUGGUUUCGCCCCAUGAGGACACACUUCAGAACUUUCCAAAAACUCUCGGGGUCUUAUCUUUGGUGCAAGUAUCACAGACCCCCCGUUUUGUAGGUGUCAGUGGGUGGAUGAAGCGCCGACCGUCGCAUUACGUGCUCGCCUUCAUUGGUUUUGCAAUGACGAUGACGGUGGUUGGAGCGGCUUGCGUUCCAUUAAUCAGUCCACUGUUUGUCGUCUUCCUCGUCAUGGGUGUCGCUGGCUUCGUUAUUUUCGCCACAUUCACUACUCUCCUCGUGCAACGAAACCUGUUGAUCCGAGCGACGCAGCAGGCUGUGGAGGAAAUCCAGACAGCAGAACAAAGCGUUCAACGGCAUCUUCAGGAAAUGGCGGAGACAGGUCCGAGAGGACCACCUGACCCGACAGGCCGGAACGGAGGAGCGGAAGGGCCGCCGGCCCAAAACAUUCCUACGGGUCCGUUGAGUGCCUCAUUGGCUCGAAGGGAUCUACCCCCCACGCCGUCCCCGGGAACCCAGCACCCCCAAAUGGAUCCGACGAGCCGACCUUCCACCCCGACCCAAACGCAUCCGACGCUCUCACAAAGUUCCUCACCUACACCGCCAUCUUCUCAAGGAACUGACAAUGCUGCUUACGAAAAUGAAGGCGAAUAUGGAGAUGAGCAUGAGUAUGACAACGUUGCAGACGAUGAGGAAGAAUACGGAGGUGUGUUGGGUCUCAGAACGUGA